CACGUGCAAUACCUAUUAUUGUAAUGAAUUAGUAUAGGAUGCUGUGUGUAUGUUUACAUACCGUAUAUACAGUAUGUAGUAUUCAUGGACACUGCAAGGUGUCAUCAAAUCACAAAUAAUAAAUUGACACUCACUUUCCAAAAUAAGCAGAAAAAUGCGCACAGAACAAAAUCUUUCCUCGUUUAAUUGAAUGAAUGAGCCAAUAAGAUCUAGCUGCCUCUUAAAGAAUUUCAGAACCUUGGACAGUGACACAAUCAGCGUGCGUAUCCCCGUCUAUUAAGGCGCAUGACAAAUAUUAGUGUCUGACAACAAAAGACCAAUAACACCAACCGCUGAUCACAUGUCUGUUACAGCUUGAGCCAUACAAAGCCUAUUUCCUUCAUUUGACACUAAGUUUAUGACUUUGGAAUUGUAUCGAGUUUGCAUUAUUUGAUUGAAAACCUAUAGGAAAUCGACCAGCACCUUGGGUUUCACCUUGUCUUAGGAUCUACGCCACCUUUCUUCCACUCUUCCUUUCACUUCAGAACUGCCUCAUUUACAAGCAGUUUAUGCGCCUCGACUGACGUCAAUGGAGCUAUCUUGGAUGUAUAUAACCAUUCAGCUGGAGGCGCUCCACUCCAAUCCCUGGCUGCAAACACUUCUUUUACAGGUACUUUUGAAGCAACAGAAGACGAGCGAGAACCGAACGGGUGUGUCCAGUAUGAAGCCUGUCUCUUUGGUCCUGCUCAUAACUUCAGUGUUACUGACCACUCACAUCCCGCUGAGUAUCUGUCGACCCCGUGAUCUGAGCAUCCUAGACGGACACGGGUACAGCACCAACCGACUCGACGAUGUACUCUUAAACCGGGCUGGAGACCACGCCAUGUCCAACAACCUUGUGGGUGAGAAGAUCCUACAGUAUUUGCAAAGAAAUCUCGAACCGCAGAAAGCCGGUGUUUUGCAUUUCACGCACUUUCCCGCAAUAAAGGUGCGCUCUCCGGACGAGGACAACAGCUUAGAGGAGCUCGUAGAGUUUUCCAAAAGAAACGACGACCCUCCGAUCUCCAUUGAUCUCACUUUCCACCUGCUGAGAAACAUGAUCGAAAUGGCACGGAUCGAGAAUGAAAGAGAACAGGCGGGACUGAACCGCAAAUAUCUAGAUGAGGUUGGGAAGUAGUUGCAGUACAAUGAAGACCAAUGGUUUCAAACGACGAGGAAAGAACAAGCUCAAUGCACUUUCAAAAUCCCAAUUCUUGCUUUCUUUUUUAAACUCUCGCUAAAGCAUACGACACUGAUGCCAUGUAAAAGCCUUCUUCUGCUCGUCCUACACUCUUAAAAAUAAAGGUUCCUCAACUGUUCUUUGCAGCACCUAGUGUUCAGCAAAGAGUCCACAAGAACCAUUGUAUGGGGCAUGGGGUUCCUGAGUUUGAGAUCUAAACAUUAACCUCCUGAGACCCGAGCAUGACUGAUGUGUGCAUUUCCCAUUUUCCUUUUUGAUUUUUAACUAGUAGCACUAAUAAACAUGCAACUAAAGAAAUAAAAUCUAGAGCAAAUAGUUAUCCUAAAAAUUUAUGGCAACAUAUGUGGACAGCAGGACUCAGUUGUGACAUUUUAAGUAAUACCAAGCUAUAGAAAGUCUGAUUUUUGUAUUUCAUUUUUUCAUUAAAAACGUGUUUAUUACGUUUCCAGGAGUGUUGGUUAUUCAUGCUUUUGAGAUGUUACAGACAUAACAUAAGGAAUUAGCAUAAUUAAUUCUCAUUCAAAGUAAUGGCCAGCAUCAUCCAAUCACUGAAACCAUGUUAAAAUAAAAUGAUACAUUAUAAAUUCUGAAUCUAUGUAUUGAUUACCAUUGUCCCAUGCCUGCCAAACAUGUUGAGUUGUUAAAACAGCAUCUGCAGCCGAAAACUGGUGUUUUGGUUAGAAUUUAGGAGUGAUUGCACUUAGCAUAGGAAAUCUAUUGGUUGCUCCCUUGCUCCCUACCUAGUGAAUGACUUAACCUCCGAUGUGCUGUCUGUCGACACUGGUCUCAGAACAAUUCAAAAUGCACAUUACUUUUAUGCUAACUCCAUAUAAAGCCUCAGAAAGCAACAUUUUUCAGCUUUUGGAUGAGCCCAUUGAUUCUCAAUCUAAUAAUCCACAGUAAAUAUAGGAUUUCUAAGGAAAGAAUUUGCUAAUGUACACAUAAGUGUACAUUGUGUUUAGCAGCUUAGCGUUUUACGAUAAAUUGCUCAAAUUUAAAAGAUGGCAUAUCGGAUGAAACUAGAGAUGUUUUGACAAACAAGUUUCAAUGUAAAAACGUUUUAUUUAGGUUUUUUAGAUGGAGUUUUGUUGGUGUUUCUCCCAAAGACAAACUCGGCUGUGAUCGGCGCCAUGUUGUUUUGUCACAACCCUUUUAACCCAUUACUGACAGCCCAGAGUCAUCUGAGCAUAGUUCAGUCUGAUUAAUUUAUUUUAAAUUAUUCAUUGGGUAUAGUGAAGCCAAAAUACAACAUCUACGCAUGUGUACGCAGGGUCGCAGUAGGUUUUAACUGGAACCUUUAUUUUUAAGAGUGGCAUCUGAAGAGAUUCUGGUGACCUGCAGCUGUCUCCACCAGCUCUGGACCAUUUCAAGGAACCACAUCCAAGAGCCACGACAGGACUUCCAUUAGAGUGGACCUCUACUCAACUCAUGAAUUGGUGGGGGGGUUGUUAUACAGUAUGUAACCAAAUCUAAAUGAAUCAAUCUACAAUUGUAAUGUACAAACACCCUUUAAGUGUUUACAGUUGUUUGCCAUUCAAUUAUUGUUAUGAUUGCCAAUAGUUUCAUGGUUUUAUGGAGAGAAAACCAUUAAACGGAUCAGUAUUACUAAUCAGUAUUCAGUUACCACUCAAUAUAGUAGGGUUUGCAUUGCUAUUGCUGACGAUCCUCUUGUAAAUCAGCAUUUUUCUCAUUGCAAGCAGGGCAACGCAUGCUAAUAAUUAAGGAAGACCACUUAAGUUGGUGUGACAAAAUGUAGCCCCCCCCCCCCCAGCUGGAUUGGUUGCACCCUCUAAUUGCCAAUGGGUACUAUAUAAUGAUCUUUUGACAUGUGAUACUUUCAUAAUUAUGCCAGUUUUUAUCUCUGCCAUGACCUUACCACAUGCAGCCAAUUGCUCACUGUAUAUCAAGUGCAAAAAUAUGUUUUUUUUUCUCACCAAUGGUGUGAAACUGAUGUGUAGCACUUCACACAAAAGGCGUAUACCCACGUUUUGUGAAAAUGUUGGACAAUAUUACAAAGUGUUUGAGGUAUGUUGUAUAUUGCUUAUCAUUAUGUAAAUUACAUAUUCUAUUGCACCUAAAUGCAUUAACAUGACUUUGUAUUUUAAAACAUGAAUCUGCAGGAAUA